AUGUCGAUUUCUUCUUCUCUAUGUUCAUCUCCAAACUUAAUUCAGAAACCACCAUUCAAUUCAAUUACUAAGAAAACUUGUCAGGUUAAUUCUUAUGGGUUUCUUCGUUGUAAUCAACUUCUUCAGUUUCGUUAUACUGAGACUAGAAGUAUUCAACUACCAAUAAAACGUUGUUCUGAUUUUUCUGGGUUGUCAAUUAAACAGUUCCCUAUUGGGAGAAAACUAGGGCUCAGUGUUUGUGCAGAGAAUGGAGAAGGAGAGGAAAAGAAGGAUGUUGUUGAUGAAGCUGAAGAAGCUAGAGGACAAAGUACAAUGCCUUCUAGGUUUAGAUAUUUGACUAAAGAAGCUCCAGAUCGUCCUGUCAGAUGGCCAUGGUUGAUUGCCCUGGCAUUCCUCAUUUACGCAUGGCGAUCAGUGUUAUGGGAACUUUCUAACUGGAAAAAAGCUGUUGUGGGCAUUGCCAGCUUCACCGCUUACCUUUCUAAACUUGCCUUGGCAAUUGUAUAUCAUUUCUUCGGUGAUCCAAUUACUGCAGUUCUUGGAUUUUUCGAGACAUCACUCUGCAGUGUUCGAUACAUGUACUCGGAUAUAGUUGCAGCAGCCCCUGUUCCAGAGCUAAUGGUAAUCAUUCUCUUAACAUCAGCAGUGCUAGCUAUCGCAGAAGCCCCUGUACCAAACUCCAUAAAUUGCCAAUCUUAUCUCAUAUCCGUGGCUGGCUUUAUUGGGUUAGCAGCUGUGAAGAGUUUCAUCCCCGAGUCACUCUUCUGGGUGUUCCUUGUAGGACUAUUCUGUUUCUCAAAGUUUGUUAAGAAGAAAGAUAAUGUCUCAUCUGCAAUGCCAGUCGCUGCAGUGUUGACCGCUGUAGGUGAGCCAUGGGUGAGAGCUCUGGUGAUGACUUUGUUUACCUCUCUCGCCAUAUAUCACCACUCAAACAUGAAGAAGAGUCUUCCAGAAGAAUCUGCAGAAGUUGAAGUUGCAAGUUCUGUUCGAAAACUUCCAGUGCCGCUGGUGGGUGCGGCUUUGGCCAUCGGUAUCCAUCUUGCUGCCAAAUGGGUUCGUUACCGGCACUUGACUUGGAUGAUCGUAUGAGUAUGGAUGGACAUGUUUUGGCAACAAUGUUCUCUUUAGCAGAAGCACCUAAUUCUUGUUAAAAGAUUGUAAAAGUUGCUAUAGUAGCCUACAUGUCCCAGUUAGUAAAGUUUGGCUAAAUUGGAGUUAGAGUUAACUUGGUUUUUCCUUGUUGUACAAAUUUUAUAAACCUAAAGGCUAAAGCAGUAAGUCAGGUGUUUUUGUUUUGCUAAUUGGGUUACACUCACAAUCUCUCAGUCUUGGAUCAUAAUGUUGCGGCAAAUAUGUUCCUGCUACUGAAAAUAUGUUGCUAUCUACCUUUUUCUUUCACCUUAUUCUCAAUUUACUCACACUUAUUUUUAAAUUUUUUUUACACUA